ACGAAAUCCACUGCAGGGCUGUAACAGUGACACAAGUUCUGACACCUCCCCAAACCAAAACUUUUGCACUCUUUGGAUAUGGAGUCGACUCUGUUGAUCGAUGGAACGGAAGAGGGCGAUCUAUCCAACCUCAACUCUCAAUCAUCCGAAUACACAUAUACCGAACUGCGCGAGCUGGGCUUGCGAAUCUACAAAGAAGUCUGGAAACAAUUUUACGAAUGGGAACCAAGGGAGUGCCGACAAAUCAUCCACGCUUUGGCCGGCCGGCGGGAUCCCGGAGAAAGGGAAAAAUAUAAUAAGACGAUAGAUCAGCUACUUGACUCCGGGACCCUUCAAGAUUCGGAGAUGCGGAAUGACUCAGAGAACCCAAACCAACCUUUGCUGGUAGUGACCCAGUUCGAUGCCGAGGGUCGAGGCAUAUCAUACCCAUUAGAGAUAGAGGAGAUCUCGGUCGAUCCUGCUUUUGAGGCCCACCCUUCUUACGAGUCUUGUCCACCAAUCAAUCAGAGCAUUCAAAACUUGAGAGUACACAAUGCAGCUGCCUUCAUUCCGUAUGGCGAUGAGGAGAAAUUCCCUGUCAUGGAACACCUAGACAACUUUGAGUCUUUCGCAUGGGAAGAAGACUUUGAUCCAGACUCGGAAAUGAUCCAAAUAGAAACUGUCCGCCGACUACACAACACUUCGAAUAUCUCGAUAACGAACAUUGAUCGGAUGCGCAUAUUCCCCAAACCACUCCGUGAAUCGUACAAAGAUGGUCUUCUAUGGCAAAGAUUUCAGCGCGAUUUCCUUCGCUGGCCUGGUGGAACUGAGGAUGAUAUGGAGGGGGCGUGCAGCGAGCCUGCACCUGAUAAUCUCCGUGAGAGGUUGUCAUCUGUUCUUGCGACAUUUUGUCCAAACCUUAAUUGUCUGCGAACCCUGUGCACAACCCAUAAGCAUCCUCAGUUCGGGCCAUUCGGAGGUGGUAGGCCCAAGGUGUCAAAUCAAAGCAUGCGACUCAGCGAAGGAGAGCCCUGCGGUGAAGAAUGUUUCCGUCUAACAGACGAAUCUUACAUGGACAAAGUCUAUUGGGAGAAUGAAUCCGACCUAGAGACAUUGAGAACAAUCUUAUCAAUAUCACCCGAUUUAUUUCCUUGUCAGCUUGCGGAUCUCUGCUUCAAGCCUUGCCGAGAAGUCUUUGUUCAGCGAUCUCACAUAUUUCCUGAUCACAUGUUAUAUGAUGAUGACCCUGCAGGCGACAUGGGAAGCCAUACAAAGAACAACAAAACAAAGAAGAAGGGCCGAAAGCCUCGUCUCAUUUUUGAAGAAGAUUCUGAUCAUGCAGAAUUUGUCCCCCUCGAGCCUUGCAAGCAUAAGGGUCCCUGUGAAAAAGAACGGUGUGAAUGCUACCGUCAGAAACGACACUGUCAACUGGCUUGCCGGUGUGGUGUAAAUUGUAAUCGUCAAUAUCGCGGUUGCGAGUGCAAACGCUGCUUUUCAAAUUGCCCGUGCGUUAAAAACGCUCGAGAAUGUUUGCCCGGGAUAUGUAAUAAAUGCGAUGCAAGAGGUGCAAGUGACGACCCAUGCGUAAAUACGAGGCUUCAGCGAAAUGAUACCAAGGCGGUCGAGAUCAGGCGGGCUAAAUACGGCUUAGGAGCUUUCGCGACGGAAGAUAUGAAGCCUGGCGAUUACAUCGGAGAUUAUGUCGGCGGCAUUUUGACGAGUGACCAUGUUGAGAUUCUACAUCAUGUUACCGAAUAUAGCGGUCGCAAUUAUUUUUUUGAAUUCUCAAACGCCAAUGGGGACGAGAUGCUUGAUGCUGCGCCAGUCGGAAAUGCUACUCGUUUCCUAAACCACGCGCCCGCUGAAACGGACUUGCCUAAGUCUGAUGGGACGCCCCGCUCCGACGCGGAACUGGCUAAUUGUAUGGCACAAGUUCUUCUUGUCAACGGGGAGCAUCACAUCGGAUUUUACACCACCAAGGCAGUGGCUCGUGGAUCCGAACUUCUCUUGUGCUACGGUUCACAAUACUGGUUAAAAACUGGCAAGGGAGACAAUUUAGAACCAUCAAUCGAUUGAUGGAGCGGGGAUGAGUAUUGGUUGUACAGUAUAUAGAAGGAUUACCAUCCAAGAUGUUCGUAUCAACAAUACCUGUACAAGACAUGACCAGGAGGCACUCAGUACUCAUUACGUAGACUAAUUGGUGAUACUGUCACUGGCGCCC